ACAAAUCAAGUUGGAUUCUCAUACAAAAAUUUAUAAACACCUUGCUUUCCCCCUAAUGAGACAGCACACUCCUUCCCUCCGCUCUCCCUUUUCGUGUCCGUUCGGCCAGCUUCUGACCCCCCCUACCUUCUCAUCUCCCCUCCAGACAGGAGAUGCCAACAUAGGCUCAUGGGUCUACUUGAUCCAAGAAGCUCAUUCACCAGUAUCAUUCUCUAUUCCAUAGUACAGUCCAGUCGCUGUCUGAAGAGUUGGCUUUGGGUAUGGUUUCUGUCUUGGGCUAACAGAAGGUCUGGGGACCAUGGCCUCCGGGGUCCUUCUAGUCUCAGUCAGACCAUUAAGUCUGGUCUUUUUACAAGAAUUUGGGGUCAGCAUCCCACAGCUCUUCUGCUCCCUAAGGGGUUCCCUGUUGUGUUCCCUGUCAGGAGAGUCAUCAGUUGUAUCCAGGCACCAUCUUCUGGUCUCAGGCUGAUGUAGUCUCUACUUUAUGUGGCCCUUUCUGCCUCUUGGGCUCAUGAUUACCUCGUGUCUUUGGUGUUCUUCAUUCUCCUUUGCCCCAGGUGGGUUGAGACCAAUUGAUGCAUCUUAGAUGGCCGCUUGCUAGCGUUGGGGACUCCAUUGUUAAUGAACAUAACCCAGCGAUUCCAACUCAUAGCGACCCUAUAGGACAGAGCAGAACUGCCCCACUGUGUGUGUGUGUGUGUACAGUGAACAUACGAUUUUCAAAUGAGGUCUGAAGUGCUCUAGAAUUUAAAAUUUUAGGAUUUUAAUCACAGUGAUAGAUCGUUUAAAAUAUGUUCUUCAUCGCCUGGAUCAUCAUUUGAAUACUGCCACUUGACUUUGGGGCCAGAAUUUGCAUUUAUGUUUGUGGUGGUGCCAAGUAAUAAUGUUUGGGACUAAUAUUAAAGAAAAGAAUAGAGGCAGUCUUAAUACGAUGCUUUUGAGUCAGGUAGAGAUCAAAUGAUUUUCAAGCCUGCGGAACUAAUGUUUUAUAGUAAUGUAAAACUGAGAAAAAUUGCCUGCCUUAUCUUAAGUGAGGUAUUCAGAAGUUCAAGCAUUCCCACAUAACAGAAUCUUAUGGUGGAGCAGUCAGUACCAUUUUCAUGUUGUGAGCAGAAAUUUAAAUUCAACAAAACUACAUCAUCCAUCCUUUUAAACUAAAUUUUGUUUGAAAGUUUUGUAUUUUCUUUUUAGUUUAUUUGGUGUUAGGUUUAUGUAAGAUUUUUAUACAUAAGAAGUUUAUUUCUAGGUUUAUGUUUGCAUAGGUUGAAGUAAGAAUAAAAAUAACAUGUAAAUAUUAGGAGGUCAUUGAGAAGACAUUUGAGCAAAGAUUCAGUAAGGGGGUUAUGUGGACAUUUGGGGGAAGAACCCACUGGCAGAGCGAACAGUGCAAAGGCCCCAAAGUAAUCAGGUGUUCAGAAAGUUUACAAGAUGACUAGCGUGGCUGAGGUAGAGCGAAGUAGGGGGAGAGUAAUGAAAAGGGGGAUCUGAAUUGUAAGAAGGACUAGAUGAUUAGGACCUUAUGCUGUUAUGAGGACUUAGGCAUUUAUUCUGAGGGAGAUGAACAGCCAUUGCUGGGUUUUGAGCAGUGGAGUGGCAUGAUCUGAAUUUUGUCAGGUAGGAGCACACUCGCUGCUGUGUUGAAAAUAGGAUGUGUGAGUGAUUGAGUGUCUUGCGGGGAGGAGGUUCUUAUUUAGUAUAAGGAAUUGAAGUGGUAGAUUCUUGCUAUUUUCACAUCUUAAAAGUUUUUGACAAUUUGGGGAGGGAUCUUAAAUUGAAUCAAUUUUUAAAAUAGACAUUUUUAAGACCACCUUCAAAAAGUUUGAUGGAGUUGUACAAACCGUUCAUUCACAUUCAGACAUUUUAGUGGGAGUUGUGAUUCAUUCUUAUAGAUAAGUAGGCACAUCUGGCUGCUCAGUGUGUAUUUACCGAAUGUGCAGUGAAACCUGUGAAAGCCGCAAUUCGACAGGACUGCCUUGUUUUUCCAGGUCUUGAAAGUUUUCUGCCUUUGACAGGCUGCUUACUAGUGCUCUGUACUGAGAAUCCUAACCUGUUUUAGUUUCAAGUUUUCGGUCUCUGACAUGUUUCCGCCUUACACAAGUUCAGGCUUUCACAAAUUUCACUGUAUUUUGUUGUUUUCCCGUUCCAACUUUUUGGUGUAGCCAGAGGAAAAAGGGUUAGCAUGUAUAACAAUCUUCAUUUAUCAUUGAAAUGUUUACUUCCAUUUACUAAAAUAUGGAAAUAAACAUUUAUGUAGCAUCCACUGGCUAAGUUACUUCAGAGUAUGGGUCUGCUGCCCUUAUUCUUUUCUAAAGUUAUUCCCAGUAAGAGUGAAAGACUGAUUUAAAGGAGUGGCGUGGGUGAAAUGUGGGAGAGCUAAAAGAAGGAAGAUAAUUUGAAAGUGAUUUCUAAAUUUGGUGAUAAAAAAAAAAAAAAGUUCUAGUAUUAGCCUGUAACCUCCUUUGAACUGUGUUUAUACAGGUAUUUGAAAAAUUAUAUGUGUGUUUAUUCUUAGUGCCUAGACAAGUGUGUUGGGGGAAGUUACAUCUGCACAUGCUAGGUAUAACAUAAGCUCUGCAUUUCUUCAGAGUUUAUAAGUCCCUUAGGAGUGUUGACAGUCCAGGCACUUCCAUUUUAAGGGUUUCCAGGGUUGGGAGUGGUCUGGAACUAAUAAGUACUGGCUGGUUCUUUAUUUCCCUUUUGCCAUGGACCAAAAGUUGGAUUUUAAGCAGAGCCAUCUACAACUUGAAAUGUUAGAGCAAGAGGACAAAUAGUAUGGAAGAAAUGUAAGGUUUCUUUAUUUAGAGGAAAUGUAAAGAUUGGUGGAAUAUUUUUUAAUUUUUUAAAUUGUGUUUCAGGUGAAAGUUUACAGAGCAAUUAGUUUCUCAUUAAACAAUUAAUACGCAAAAUUGUUUUGUGACAUUGGUUGCCAACCCUGUGAUACGUCAGUGCUCUCCUCUUCUCCACUCUGGGUUCCGUGUUUAGUUUUAUAUACAUGAUUGUACUACGAAGCACGUUUCUCAUGUGUCUUAUUGCUUGCCCUAUAAAACCUGUUAAACCAAACCCAUUGCUGUUGAGUUGAUUCUGACAACUAGUGACCCUGUAGGACAGGAUGGAACUGCCCCAUAGAGUUUCCAAGGAGCACCUGGUAGAUUUGAAUUGCUGACCUUUUGGUUAGCAGCUGUAGCACUUAACCACUAUGCCACCAGGGUUUCCGUUUCCCCUGUAGACCUAUCUAAUCUCUGGCUGAAGGGUAAACCGCAGGACGACUUCAGAUGAGUUAAAAGGGUGUCUGGGGGCCAUACGCUUGGGGUUUCUCCAGCCUCUGUCAGAUAGCAAGUAUGGUCUUUUUUUUUUCUUGCGAAUUUGAAUCUCGUUCUACGUUUUUCUCUAGCUCUCCCCGGGAUCCUCUGUUGUGAUCCGUGUCAGAGCAGUCGGUGGUGGUAGCCGGGCCUCAUCUAGUUGUGCUAGGCUCAGUUCGGUAGAUGUUGUGAUCCAUUAGUCCUUUGGACUAAUCUUUCUCUUGUGUUUUUGGUUUUCUUCGUUUUCUCUCGCUCGAGCCGGAGUGGGACCAAUAGAUGUAUCUUGGCUGCCCCCAGGUUUUUAAGACCCCAGUGAUGGCAAUAUUCUUAUUUUCAAAAUAUCCUACUUUUAAUUGUGGGGGACCUAUAGAAAAACCUAGGGGGGAAAGUGAAAAUCACUUAUCUCACCCCUCAGAGAUAACCACUAUUGGUAUUUUGGACUUGGAGGGUAUGUGUGUAUGUGAGAGAGAGAUUUUUAAUAUAUUUUCCUCUGAACUUUAAAUUGAGGUAUAACAUACAUUUUGUAAAAUAACCUUAAGCGCAUUACUUGAUGAGUUUCUACAAAUUUGUACGCCUGUGUAACUACCACUCAAAUCAAAACAUAGAUUUUUACUAGCACACCAGAAAUCUCAAUCUUAUUUUCAUCUAGUUAGCCUUCCUCCUCAAAGUAACUACUGUUCUGACUUCUGUCAUCGCAGAUUACUUUUACCUGUUUUGCACUUUAAAAUUGGAAUUUUACAGUAAGUCCUUUUUUGUCUAGAUUUUUUUUUUCAUUUUAUUGUGGUGAAAAUGUAUGCAACAAAAUAAACUUCAUCUCAACAAUUUCUACCUGAACAGUUCGUUAAUACUGACUAUAUUAUUCUUCAGGUUACACAACCAUUUUCUCUUAUCUUUUUUCAAAUCAUUCUACCACCAUUAACAUAAACUGAAUGCCUCCUAAGCAAAAACUCUCCCACCCUUAAUAACUACUACUAAUCUUUGUGUAUUUAUCUUUGGUAUAAAAAUCUAUAUAUUUGCGUAUUUCAUAUAAGUGAGAUCAUAUAAUUAUUUGUCCAUUUGUGAUUGACUUAUUUAGCUCAUCCAUGUUUUGGCAAAUAUCAGGACUUCAUUUUUCUUUAUGGCUGAGUAAUAUUCCACUUUGUGUAUGUACUGCACUAUGUUUAUCCAUUCAUCUGUUGGUGGAUAUUUCUGUUGUUUCCACCUUUUGGCGAUGGUGGAAAGUGCUGUGAUGAACACUGGUGUACAGGUUUCUCCUUGCAUUUCUUGCCUUUAUUACUACUACAUAUCUAGGAUUGGGAUUGCUGGGUCAUGUGGUAGUUCUAUGCUCAAUUUUUAAGGAUCUACUAACUGUUUUACACAGUGUCUGUAGCAUUUCUAGAUUCUUUUGUUUGUUUUUUGAUCAGCAUUAUAUUUUCUAUGUUACUUUUUUUGUUUUAACCUAUAAACAAUUCUCUCUCUAAGAUUCUUUAAACUUAAGAGACAUAACCAAAUGCAGCAUGAACCUUUUUUGGACCCUGAUUUGAAAAAACUAUUUGUAAAAACAUAUUUAUGAGACAGUUGGGCAACUAGAAAUAUGGACUAGCUAUUUUAUAAUAUUAAAGAACGAUUGCUAAUUUGUUAGAUGUGAUAAUUGCAUUUUGGUAAUGUAAAUAAGAUGUCCUUAUUUGUUAGUGAUGCACAUUGAAGUAUUUAUGGGUGAAAUAAGAUGUUCUCAAAUUGCUUUAAUAUAUACCAGCAGGAAAAAAGAGGGAGGGGUAAGAAGAAACAAGAUAAUUGAAAUGUUGAUACUCUCUGAAAGCUAGGUAAUGAGAUACUUAAUUUCUGCUUUUGUGUUUGUUUGAGAACAUCCAAAAGGGUUCUUCAUAAACAUUCUUCCAGUUGUGCAACCUUUCUCACCCUCCUUUUCCAAAUCCACCCCAUCUAAGUUUCCUGUCUAACCUUCUAAAUUGCCAUUGUCAAUUUGAUUCCCUGUAGAUAGUUCUUUAAAAGAGCACAGUGCUGAAGGCAGAGAUUCUUUAUUGAUUAAGCUACACUGUUGUUUGGUUUGAAGAAGACUUCAGAGGAUAUUUUUGGUUUAAGGUUUAAAGAUUGUCUCAGAGCAAUAGUUUUGGGGGUUCAUCUAGCCUCAGUGACUCCAAAAGUCUUUUGAUCAAAGUUCUAUAGAAUCUUUGAUAAAGACAUCGAAUUCCAGUUUUAAAGAGUUUAAGAUAGUUAAAAGAAACAUUCUGGGAAUUUCUGUAUACCUGUCAUUCAUCUACUCGAAUCAUUAAGUAUCCCUUACUUUUUAAAGAGGUACGAUAAAUUAACCUAUUAAAAAAAAAAAGGCAAAUCAAUUGCCAUUGAGUUGAUUCCAACUCAUGGCAACCCUGUGUGUGUUGGAGUAGAACUGUGCUCCAUUGGGUCUUCAGUGACUGAUUUUUGGGAAGUAGAUUGCCAAGUCUUUCUUCUUAGGUGCCUCUGAGUGGGCUCAAACUGCCAUCCUUUUAGCAGCUGAGUGUGUCAACUGUUUGUACCACCCAAAGACUCCAGUUAAGCUGUUAGACUUCCUAAUGUCAAAUUUAUGUAAGCAGUGUACCCUGUUUAUAAUUGUUAUAGUUAUGAGUGGCUUUGGUUAAGCACUUGGCUAUUGAGCAAAAGGUUGGUGGUUCAAAUCCACACAGCAGCUCUGUGGGAGAAAGACCUUACGAUCGGCCCCUGUACAGAUUAUAGUAUAGAAAACCCUGUGGGGCAGUUGUACUCUGUCACAGGGGGCCGGUAUGAGUUGAAAGUCAACAUGAUGGCACAUAAUCAUGAGCUGAUAGUAAUGUAAUAGCUUUUCUGACAUAUUUACAAGCUUUUCCUCUUGACAGACAGACACGUGGAGGGGGGGGGUGGUCCCAAGCCAUGGUAUUUUCAAUCAUAUGCAUGUGAAAGCUGGACAGUGAGUAAGGAAGACCAAAGAAGAGUUGAUGCCUUUGAAUUGUGGUGUUGGCGAAGAAUAUUGAAUAUACCAUGGACUGCCAAAAGAACAAACAAGCCUGUCUUGGAAGAAGUGCAGCCAGAAUGCUCCUUGGAGGCAAGAAUGGCGAGAAUGAGUCUUACAUACUUUGGACAUGUUGUCAGGAGGGAUCAGUCCCUGGAGAAGGACAUCAUGCUUGGCAGAGUACAGGGUCAGCGGAAAAGAGGAAGACCCUCAACGAGGUGGGUUGACACAGUGGCUGCAACAAUGAGCUCAAGCAUAACAACGAUUGAAAGGAUGGUGCAGGACCGGGCAGUGUUUCGUUCUGUUGUGCAUAGGGUCGCUAUGAGUCGGAACCGACGGGACAGCACCUGACAACAACAACAACAACCUCUUGAAAAGAUAAGUGGCUUACUAACAGUUAAGUUUUAGUUCUUAUCAAGAAUUCUUCAUGAAAACAAGUAAAUUUAAACUAUAGGCCUUCCUUGUGGGAAGAUGUUACUGAAUCCAGAAAGCUGAAGUCUGGAGUAUUUUUUGUACUAGCAGCUUUGGUGCCUGUGGGCCAAAUCAGAACAUCUUAUUUUGCAGAAACUUUUAAUUGAUAAGUAAUAGUGUUUACUUGAGAUUUUCCUGUGUGAUGCAAAGGAUUGAACACUGGAAUACUAGCCAAAAGAUUGGCAGCUUGAACCCACUGAGAGGUGCCUCGAAAGACAGGCCUAGUGCAAUAUUCUUCUGAAAGAUCACAGCCUUGAAAACCUUAUGGAGCAAUGCUGCUGUGCAUACAUGGGGUCCCAUGAGUUGACCAUGAGUUGGAAUUGCUUGAGGGCAACCAACAAUAGUGUCUACUUGAGCUGUCAAAGGGAACUUCCAAAGGGCAUUAUUGUUUCCUUCACUGACUUUCUUAAUGUUAGUUAAAUGGGGAUUGUGUUCAGUUUUUUUUUUAAUGGAAAUUAAAAUAUUUAGGUUAAGUAACUGUACAUUGGCUGAAUUUAGUAUUGUAGCAAUAAAUGUAAGCAUAAAUACCUAAGACUCCUAAAUUUAGUGUUAUUUCAGCUUUUUCAUCUUUAGAUUCUUAAAUAUCUUAAGUAUUCCCUUAAUUUUGACCAUUAAUGUACUGAAUUAAACAUAGAUUAGAUUAAUAAGAUCUUUGGAAUCACACACACACUUAUUUGAACAAAGUGAAUUCUUCCUUUAUGAAUGUGAAAAACGUUUUUGCAUUAUUUUAAAGUAGAACCAUUUAUCAUAGAUGAAGGCUAAGUAGUUCCCGGUUUGAGAGUUUUCUGCAGGCAAUUGUGCACAUAAUGGUCAUGCCCAUAUUUUACAGUUGAGAAAACUCAGACUUCACUCACCUGUUCAUCAGCACAUAUUUAUUGAAUUUUUACCGUAUGCCAGGCAAUGUUUUGGGUAAUGGAGAUAUAUCAGUAAAUAAAAGACGAAAUUCAUAUUUUUAUGGAGCUUAUAUUCUAGUAGCAUUUCUCUAAACCAAUGACAAAACAAGGGCAGCAGGUUUGGUUUACUGUUUCAGUUUUUUCAGUAUGAAAUUCGAUUGACAAUUAUUUUUCAUCUUGUUUGUCACUUCAGGUAGUUUUGUCCUGGCUGCCCGGAGCCUGAGUUGUGUUAAGAUUUUAUUCUAACUCGCAGGCAAAGUUACUGAUAUCUACUUCAGGUGUGGGAGGUAUAAUGGUGGCAUUUUGAGAUCGUCAACCAUGAUACACCUGCCUUACCUCUCUAGCUGAUUUCAUCUCCCCAUUCUGUGGAGCAGCUUAAUAGUUUAGAAUUUGGCCCGGAUAGCAUUUUUGCAAGGAGAAAGAAAAGGUCAAGAGAACUUGAAGAAGGAUUUAGUAAGAAGAAUAAAAAUGUUAGAAUAUGCAUUAAAACAAGAAAGGGCAAAAUACCACAAAUUAAAAUAUGGCACAGAACUGAACCAGGGAGAUUUGAAAAUGCCAACCUUUGAAUCAGAAGAAACCAAAGACACAGAGGCUCCCACAGCACCUCAGAAUAGCCAGCUAACAUGGAAGCAAGGCAGACAGCUGUUACGACAAUAUCUUCAGGAAGUAGGUUACACAGAUACAAUAUUAGAUGUACGGUCUCAGCGGGUAAGGUCAUUACUUGGACUAUCCAAUUCAGAACCAAAUGGAUCAGUAGAAACAAAAAAUUUAGAACAGAUCCUGAAUGGAGGUGAAUCUCCUAAACCAAAAGGACAAGAAAUCAAAAGGCCCUCUGGUGAUGUUCUUGAGACUUUUAAUUUCUUAGAAAAUGCUGAUGACAGUGAUGAAGAAGAGGAAAAUGACAUGAUUGAAGGCAUCCCAGAAGGAAAGGACAAACAUCGGAUGAAUAAGCACAAAAUAGGUAAUGAAGGCUUAGCUGCUGACCUUACUGAUGACCCUGAUACUGAAGAAGCACUGAAAGAAUUUGAUUUUUUAGUGACUGCUGAAGAUGGUGAAGGAGCUGGAGAGGCACGGAGUUCAGGGGAUGGCACAGAAUGGGACAAAGAUGACCUCUCCCCAACUGCUGAGGUUUGGGAUGUAGACCAGGGACUAAUAAGUAAGCUGAAGGAACAGUACAAGAAGGAACGAAAGGGGAAGAAAGGGGUGAAGAGGGUCAACAGGACAAAACUCUACGACAUGAUAGCUGAUCUGGGAGAUGAUGAGCUGCCUCACAUCCCUUCAGGAAUCAUUACACAGUCUAGGUCACCCUCCACUAGAAUGACUGGUCAUGAAGGUGCAAGAGCAGAGGAAGCUGAACCAAUAACGUUUCCAUCUGGAGGAGGCAAGUCAUUUAUUAUGGGUUCUGAUGAUGUUUUGUUAAGUGUACUGGGCCUUGGAGACCUUGCAGACUUGACGGUAACAAAUGAUGCAGACUAUAGUUAUGAUUUGCCUGCCAAUAAAGAUGCCUUUCGAAAGACAUGGAACCCCAAGUAUACGCUACGUAGCCAUUUUGAUGGAGUACGGGCAUUAGCUUUUCAUCCUGUAGAACCUGUGCUGGUUACUGCCUCUGAGGACCACACUCUGAAACUUUGGAACUUGCAGAAAACAGUUCCUGCCAAAAAGAGUGCCUCUUUAGAUGUAGAGCCUAUCUACACAUUUAGGGCCCACAUUGGCCCUGUUCUGUCAUUAGCUAUUAGUUCUAAUGGAGAGCAGUGUUUCAGUGGUGGUAUUGACGCAACCAUCCAGUGGUGGAAUAUGCCUAGCCCUAAUGUGGAUCCUUAUGAUACGUAUGAGCCAAAUGUCCUAGGUGGCACUUUAGUUGCUCAUACAGAUGCAGUCUGGGGUCUUGCUUACAGUGGUAUAAAAAAUCAGUUACUGUCUUGUUCAGCAGAUGGCACUGUUAGGUUAUGGAAUCCACAAGAAAAAUUGCCAUGUAUUUGCACUUAUAAUGGAGAUAAGGAGCGUGGAAUACCUACAUCAGUCGACUUUAUAGGCUGUGAUCCAGCACAUAUGGUGACCUCUUUCAACACUGGUAGUACAAUAAUUUAUGAUUUAGAAACAUCACAGUCACUGGUGGUGCUUUCAUCACAGGUAGAUUCUGGUUUACAAUCCACUAAUCAUAUUAACAGAGUAGUAAGUCAUCCCACACUUCCUGUUACAAUAACUGCUCAUGAAGAUAGACACAUCAAAUUUUUUGACAAUAAAACGGGUAAAAUGAUCCAUUCUAUGGUAGCUCAUUUGGAUGCUGUUACAAGUCUAGCAGUCGAUCCUAAUGGAAUCUAUUUGAUGUCUGGAAGCCACGACUGUUCCAUUAGAUUGUGGAAUUUAGACAGCAAGACGUGUGUGCAAGAAAUAACAGCUCAUAGGAAGAAAUUGGAUGAAUCAAUUUAUGAUGUUGCUUUCCACCCAUCAAAAGCAUAUAUUGCCAGUGCAGGGGCUGAUGCCCUUGCCAAAGUAUUUGUGUGAUACAACAAAAACUUGGAUCAUAACAAAAGAUUUGCUCGGACAGAAAAGAGGGUCUACAUCACUGCCAUCAAAAAGGUUACAGAUAAGACACUACAUGUGAUCUGCCUGGGUGAAGGCUAUUUAGGGCAGGCAUAAAUUGGUGGAAAUCACAUCUUAAAUAAUGUCAGGUUCAUUAAUUUAACUGUAAUUUACUGUAUUUUGUGGGACAAAAAGUAAAACAUGGACUCCAGUAUUUACAGCCUGUUCUGGGUAUGAACUGAGCAUAUGUCUGUUUUUUAGGUGUCUUUAAGCCAAUGUGGAGUCUGAUCUUACAAAAAGACUUUUAUUUUGGACUCUGUGUGCUGCCUUAGGGUUAGGAAUGUGGUGCUCUUGUGGGGGGAAGUGAGCUCCAAGAGUAGCUUUUGUUCAUCUCUUAGUCAUCUUCUGUUCAUCGGUUGAAUGCCACAGAUUCCCUUUUAAAUUUAUUUUGCUUUAAAAAAAAAAAAAAAAGAAAGAAAGAAAAUUUAACUUAAAAUAUUUUAGCAUUAGUUGCACAAAAUGUUUGGAUAAAAUUCUAGUUUUUAUAAGUCUUUUUAUAUAUUUAGCCUGUCACAACAGUGCUCAAGAUUGUAUUGAAGUUUUUCUGCAUUAUACAACCCUGAAACACAGAGAUCUCACUGACCCGCUGCCGUGUAACCACACACUUUACUUCUUCCGCCUAAUACAGCUCAACUAAGUCCUUCCAUAAAGAUGCUAAAUCAUCUUCAUCAUCACAUAACUGUCUUCAUAAACCAAGGACUAUUAAGUGUAUUAAAAUGAAACAGUGGGGUUUAGUACUCCGGAUGAACUCUUAAAAAAAGUAAAAAAAGCAAACUAAUCUUGGCAUCCUAUCACUAUGUGAUAUUUUGUACAUCUUACUGUAUUUACAAGUUUAUUUAUCAAGGAUUAUCCAUCUUGCUAAUGGCCUAUUAUUAUUUAUUUCACUUUUGUUCUUUAUAUCCUUUUAUUAAUGUGCUAAAGACCCCUGUAUAUCUGUUUUGGAACUCUGAAUAGUCUAAAAUAGACUAAAAAUGGAAUAUUUUAUAGUUUAAGUUGCAGACCAAGGUGGUUCCCCCCAGAUACACUUCUUGAUUUACCAUGAUUCCAAACAAAACUAUCUUGUUUAAAAAUAUUUGGAGUAAAAAUUUUAUUUGCAUUACAAAUGUGAUACAAAAAUAGUUGAAUCAAGAAACAAAAAUCUGUGUUCGGACUAGUUCUCCCUGUUUUUAUUUUUUCAGAUGUGCUUAAUUUUAUGGUGUAACUAAAGAUUUUGUUUGUGUAAUGCAUGAUUAAGACAAUAAAGUAUUUUUUCUAGUCUUCCAAAAAACUUUUCUGAUCAGUUUGCGAGUUUUGAUGAGUUUUGUAAGGUUUUUCUUUUACAGACUAUGAAUCAGCAAAUUUUUAAGAUUGUACCACAUAGCAAACGUACAGCUGUUGAAAAAUAAUGUAUAUAAAAUGCAUAUAAUAAAUAUUAAAUUGUGUACCUGUAUGUUACUGUUGGCUAUAUUAUUUUGUGUUGAAUAAUAAAGUGCAAUACUUUACUCUCCAUUAUUAAACUAGGAAAUGGAGAUUUCUUAGUCCUUCAUGUUUAUGCUGUUCUUUUAACCUUUGUACUGCUUAUUGAGACUCUAAUAAGAUUAAAACAGUUAACAGCAUUUAAGAAUGCCUUUCCAAAUACUUCACCCUGCUUGGGAUUUUUAAUUUUUACCUUCUAUUGAAAUAAGUCAGGCAAUUCAAAAUAGCCAAAAAAAAAAUUCAAAGAUGCAGUUUUAAAUCAUUUGCUUAGAUGUCCUGUUACCUUAUUAAAUCUGAAUUUCACUUAAUUUAACAGUGUUGUCUUUCCUAUAUAGCCAUUCCUGUUUACACACAGAGUUCAGUAAAGAAUAAACUACCAUUUUUCAUUAAUUUAUCCUUAAAAAUAACAUUAAAUAAUAGUAUCUUGAAACUUUUUCCUUCAACAAGGUAAUUACCUUUUUUUGUUGUUUUAGAAAGGAAUUGCAAAUGGAAGUAGCAAUAUUAGAAAACAUAUUUGUCAAAAUUCUAUUUGAAUGCAUGCUGCAAAAAAAUUUAUAUUGUGUGUAAAUUGAGCAACUUUGUCAUAUACUGUAAAAACCCAAGCAGGAAUUUCACUUAUUGCUGAUAAAACACUAAAACUUUUUAGAAAAUCAGUUUGUUUUCUGAACUGAAGUUUCAACUAGUGAACAAAUUAAAGUGGCACUUUUCUUAUCUUUUUUAAAAUAAUUUAAGAAUACGCUUUUCCAAAACUAGUAUUGUUUCUGGCAGCUAUUCCAAACUAAUGCAUUACUGUUUAGCUGAAAUGUUGUUAUCAUUGCAAUGCAUAAACAUUCACCUCUUUUGAAAUGUAUUAAAAAUGAAAUGGAUAAAAAUU